AUGACAUUCUCCAACAGAGACGAACUGAUUUCUCGUAUACAUUUGAUCGGGCCUGCUUCUGAAGGCUUCCAUCUGGCGAACGAUGAUGAUCUAUCCCAAGUAACCAUCUCUACAACGAGGACAAAGAAACAUGAGGAAAGAUACAAUAGAGCGCUGGAAACGGCUGCAAGCAGUCUACAAGACGCACUGGAGGUGAUGAUACAUGAAGUCGGGGAAUAUCCUCCGGCAAGUUUGCUGCAGUCUGCAUUUGCAAUGGUUUUGGAGGCCAAAAGUCAAGCGUGCCAAAUGCACGUGCCAAAACUGGCUUCUAUGCAGAAUGAAAGCACUGAUAUUCCUAGAAAGAUUGUAAUGGGAAAGAAAUUUAAGUUCAAUCAUUCGGUUACCAAUCGAUGUGGGAGUUACUAUGGCACUGUCAACAAGGAUGGCAAGCCCGAUGGCCAUGGUACCAUCAUUUACAGUAGUAUGAACACAUUUCAAGGCCUCUGGCACCGCGGACAACGGAAGACAGGCACCUAUAUUCAGUACUACGACAGCAAGCUAAGGAAGCUGAGAGAACCCAUUGUAUAUCAGGGCCAGUUUGCCGAUAGCAAACGGAACCAGUCUCAUGGCUUUGGCAUCAUGUAUGUUGGACGCAAGUAUGUAUGGUCGGGUCAGAUGGUGAAUGGGAAAGUGAAAUCAAUGCAAUCGUCCGCUGCGUCCACCUCUUUGCCCUGCAGCAUUGAUGGGCUUUGUCAUCAGAUGGCUGCACCUUUCGAUGGAUCAAAACGGUCGCCAACAAUUUCGAAACAAAAUGAAGGUUGGGACGAAGACGAGUUUAGUUUCCUCCCCUCCAUUGUCUCAACGAGAGAAACCGCUGAUGGCAUCGUGAUAAAUGCGCCAUCAAGUGCCUACAAGGUAUGUCAUUGA